CGCUUCCGGCCGCCCACCCCGCUCCGCAGCGUGUCGCCCUGGGCCUACAGGCUGUCCUACGACCCCACCCGCUACCCUCGGCUCCUGCCCGAGGCCUACUGCCUGUGCCGAGGCUGCCUGACCGGGCCGCGCGGAGAGGAGGACCUCAGCCUCCGCAGUGCACCCGUGUUGCUGCCCACGGUCGUGCUGCGCCGCACUGCAGGCUGUGCGGGGGGCCGCUCCGUCUACGCGGAGGAGUACGUGGCGGUGCCUGUGGGCUGCACCUGCGUUCCCGCGCCCGACCACGACGCGCCUGCUGCCACCGGAACGGACCGCGGCGGAAAAGAGCGGAACCAGGACCCCGGUCACGAGGAGUGGGACAGGGACCUACGCAGGCCUUUCCGUUCAGGAGCAGGACAGUGACCUGGGCAGGUCUUUCUGCCCGGGGCCCCGCAGGGGAACCUCUCCGUUGUUAGGGAUUCUUCUAUUCUAGGCGGAGUCAGCGCCCAGCUGAUGGGACUGAAAGGAGUUGGCUUAGUGUAGGGACCGGCCUCUGGGACAGGACGGGCCACCACCGCCCCUGAGGCUGCUGACCCCGCCCCACCGCACAGCGUCAGUGUAUCAGGUGGCACCGCUGCUCGGACAAGCAGGCCACAGCCUCCACACGUAGGUGAUAGAUGCGUUUUAAACUAUCUUUUUAUAAGCAUAUAUAGCUACUUAUUUUCAAUAAGGGCAGAAACUAUUUUUAUAUUAGUGAUUUUGAAUAAUAAAAAUUUUUACUUGUUUUAUAAACCAUGUUUUCCCUUCUGCUAGCUUGUAGAAGCACAGUUGGAAUCCUCAGAUAAACCUUACCUGGUGCUGUGUCCCAAGUCUCUGCAGCCAGCCUGUCCUCAUUGCUGGCACAACCAGAUGGACAGGGUUGAACCCGACAUGCCCAGCUGUCAGUCUCCAGGAGCUGCUAAAGGGAUAAAAGGGAAGUGUAAUAGGCUCAGGUACCCCAGAGCCAUCCCAGAAAUCCUAAACUUCGGUUUAUUUACUAGCAUAUCAAUGGCUGCAGGUUUACUGAAUUAAAAUCUUUUUUUUUUCUUCACUUUUCAAAGUCAGUGGGCCAAUUUGUAGGUAAGAGGUAAUGAGAUAAAGGCGACAGGUGGAACGUGACAUCUUUGCCAACUCUCAAGAACUUAACUUGGCUGUUUGAAGGGCUUCUGGUACUAGUCACAUAUGAGGGGAAAAUGAGCUAACUUACAAUUUCAAGAAAGCAGUAUUGAGCCUCUUUUUCUAUAUGUUGCAUUGUGAGCUAAAUCCUUACUUCUUUAGCCUGGAAGUCUGUCCCUGAACAUAAUGAUUUGUAAAAGUAAGAGGUACUUUUUAAAUCUUUAAAACAGUUGCUGGUGAAGGUAUAUUGCUUGUGUGUAUUUCUUUCUCAUGGGCUCAACUGAGUUUUAGAGGAAACAAUAUGUUUAUUAAAGUCUUUGUCUUAAUUUUAUGGUGGAAGUUUAAGAUUAAAUCAAGUAGUAACAUAAA